AUGUCCAAAACAGCAAUUGCAACGGGAGCAGUGAGUGCUACAGAAGGCAUUUUAAAGACGACCAAUGAAGCAGCGGUGGUGACUGAUCUGAUGGCACCUUUUUUGCCACUUAUAUCUGAAGUUGGAGCAAUUGUAGUUGAAAUAAUAGAUUUAUAUCAAACAGCUGAACAUAACAAACGUAUAUGUGGCUCAUUAUUAUCAAGAGUUACAACUGCUCAGAAUGCAGUCAACACUUUGAAAAUACGUAGACUUGAGAAUGAAGAUUUGUUCAAGUCAAAAGAAUAUUAUAAAAAUCUUCAGAAAUUGGUUAACGUUAUCAGGAAAAUUCAGAAAUUCAUUGCUGACGUUUCACAACUUAAAGGUCUAAGGAAAUUUAUGUUGGCUCAUUCAAUUGAGGAUGAGUUCAAACGAUUAACUGAGGAAUUUGAUGGAUUAAUGCGUGAUCUAAAUUUUAGCUUGGCCAUCCAAAUACAAAUUCAAAUCGAAGAUGAUAAUAAAGCUCUUCGUAAGGACAUUCAGGAAAUGGCAAAUUAUCUUCAUUCGAUUGAAGGAGGUAUCACUGACAAUUUAUCACAAAUCAAUGAUAAAUUGGAUGAUAUUUCUCAAUUGAAUAUAUUGUGGCAAAAACAAUUAUUAAACAGUGAUGAAGGCGAAUUGGAAUCAGCAAUGAUUCCAUAUAUUGAAUUACAGGACCCAGCUCGACCAGUUAGACAUAACAAAGUAAUAAAAAAAGUUCGAUUGGGUCAAGAUGUAGCAAUUAAAGCAAAAGCUGUUUCAAAAGAAGAUGACAAAAAAGAUAUUUUGGGUCAGGUCAUUAUUCUAAAAAAACUUAAAGAAUCUCAAUACAUUUGUCAAUUUUAUGGUGUAUCACAUGAUGGAGAUAUAAUGUAUUUGGUGACUGAAUGGUGUGAAUUUGGUAAUUUGUCAGACUAUUACAAAUCAAAUGGACCACUUAAUUGGCAUCGUAAAUCUCAGUUGGCUGUUGAUAUUGCAAGAGGUCUGACAUUUUUACAUGCUGUCUCCAUAUUACAUCAUGAUAUAAGAUCAGAAAAUAUCUUGAUUACAAAUCAUCAUCAAGCAAAAAUUGCAAAUUUUACUUUGAGUAGAGGAUUUGAUGACGCCACUAAAAACAUUACCCCAACAAUUGAUAAUGUUAGAUGGAUGGCUCCUGAAAAAUUGAAAAAUAAAAAUUCUCCUUAUACUGCAAAAUGCGAAAUUUAUAGUUUUGGAAUGCUUUUAUGGGAAAUUGCUGAAGAAAAAACCCCAUUUCAGAAUGAAACAGACAUUUUAAAAAUUGUAAAUAAUAUAAUAGAAAAAAUACGUCCAUCUUUUAGUCAUGGAGUUCCGAUCGAAUGGACAAAACUUAAACCAAAUGGUGAUAAAGCUUUAGCAUGGAAAGCAUUUAAACAACAUUCUGAAGACUUUGAUGAGAUUCUUGCCAAUCGGGGAUGGAAUUGGUUCGAAGAAGUAACUUUGUCUAGCGGCAAAAAGAUACCAGAAUUCCAAGCGUUGAUUGCUCCAGAAAAAGUUCAAAAUACUAUCAAUUCUAUGGUUACUAAGUCUCGUGAUCGUAACAAACAACAACGAUUAUUAAUUAUUUUUGAUAAUUAA